AUGUCUCUUAAUCUCCCUGCUGACUGCUUAAAUGAAAUUUUUGAAUAUUUGAAAGAUGAGGAUUUACGUUCAUGCAUACUAGUAAACCGACUUUGGUGUGAAACAUCUGUUCGAAUUUUAUGGAGAAAAAUUCAAAAUUUUAAUACUUUACUCACUUGCCUUCCUAAUAAAUCAAAAAUGAUUUUAUCAGAGAAUGGAAAUUUAAUCUCGGAUUUAUCUUCAAGACCUCCAUUAUUUUAUUAUUCAUCAUUUAUCAAGAACCUUUGCAUUUAUGAUAUUUGUCGCUCAAUUAAAAGAUUUAUCAAUUGUCGGUGUCGGCGUCCUAUUAAUUUAGAAAGCGUUGAAAAAAAUCAACAAAUUAUGGUGAUGAUGGAACAUGAAUUAUUUAAAAUGUUAAUGAAUCAAACCUCUCUUAAAAGUUUAUAUUUUGACAUUUAUAACAUGAAUAUACCAAAUAUACCAUUUAUUAAUUAUCCUGGAGCUGAAGAUAGUUUAAGAGAUCUUUCUGAAUUAAAGUGUAGUUCAAAUACUUCUUAUAAGCUAUCACAAAUAUGUCUCAAUUUACGAUCUCUAAAGAUAAUUUUUCAAUCUAGAACCUCAAAUGAAUUAGCAGAAUUAGUUUCUGUUCAAAACAAUUUAAAGAACUUGGAGUUGGAUUUUCAAUAUGAUGCGAAAGAUCAAAGUAUAUUUUUUACAAAGAUUCCUAACACGUUAACCAAGUUACAUAUUCAUGGAAGAAGUGUUUGUAUACCAUGGUCAUUUAUUUCGGAGCUUUCGAAUUUACAGGAACUUUCCUUAUCAUUAGUUAACAGAAUGUGUGGCUUAAAAGAUUUCAGUAAACUUCAAUAUGCUAACUUUCCACAAUUACAAAUUUUAAAAUUUGGAUAUGAAUGUCCAGAUGAUGAAAACCUAACCAAAUUUCUGGAAAUUAAUGGAAAGAGUUUAAAGGAACUCAUUCUUUGCGAAAAUAUUCAUUGUUCAAUAAAUUUAGAUAUAGGUAAUUUUUGUCCAAAUCUUAGGUCGUUAUGCACUAUGUUUUCAGAUGGAAACGUAGAAUUACUGAAAGUAAUUUUCGAUGGUUGUCAACAAUUAGAAAGUAUAGAUGUUUUGCGUUGUGAUUACUUUUUAGAUGAAAGUAUAUUAUUGGAGAUUGUUGUAGAAUUUUCACCUAAAAUGUUUCACGAGUUAUCAGUAGAUUUGGGAAUUGAUGUAUCUCCGGAAACAACAUUUCAAUGGGGAUUAAGAUCUAUCUUGAAACGCUGGGCGAAUCGUGUUCCAUGUAUUCCACUUUCUUUGACUGCUUCUUUAUGUUCAGAACUGGAUAUAGAAUUUUCAAAAAGCAAUAUAAAAAUAAUUAAAGAGUUUAGAAAAUUGAGCGUG